CCCUCAGUGAUUGCCUACGCCUCCUACUGUAAACUGGAUCAGCAUGCACGGCCCAUCGCCGGAGCUGUCACCUUCUGUCACUCUCGUCUCCGUGUCUCGGCCUUUGACCACCGCAAGACCAUGUUGACAACGGUCCACGAGCUUCUCCACGCAUUGGGAUUUUCCAAGGAUCUGUACAGCACCUGGCUGGAUUGUUCCUCUGCUCCCUCUAUCGGACUGAACUGCUCCUCCAGACCCUCGGUCACUAACACGGACGAACAGGGAUCAGUGAGGAUCUACACUCGCGCCGUGAUCCAGAGAAUGCAGCAACAUUUCAAUUCCAGCUCUCUGGAGCUCGGAGGACCCCUGGAGAACAGG